AUGUCAAAGGCUAAGUUUUCCGUUGGAGAGACAGUUUGGGCAUUAUGGCCCGGGAGCAAGAAAUAUUACGAGGCAGAAGUGCUUGAACUGCGCAAGAGCGCCGUCUACGUUAACUUCAAAGAUGGCUUCAAAACAGAAGUUCCUUUGCGACAAACCUAUGUAAGGCUGGAUUUUUUCAUUGGUUAGAUAAAAAUUAUUUUAAGUUAUUUUUCGAAUAACCAAAAUUUAACAAUCGUUGUCGAAAGACCAAUGACAGCUGUUUAUUUAGCAACAUAUUUCGCAAGAACACCAUUAGAUUAAUCUCAUGUGAUUUUGUUUAUAUUUAAGAACCUAAUGUGCUAAAAGCUCAAGAUUGACCUUUAAUACAAUUACCACUUUUUCCCUUUGAUAAGCCCAGACACUAUUUAACGUCGAAAUAUACGAUUUAGCAACUUAGAUGUGACCGAAAUACUCAAUGUUUUUAGACAAGUCUUACCGUCUUACCAUUGUGUUAUGUAGAAAGAACAACGAUUUCGCUCCCGGUCAACUUCGCCAGCUCGAAACCCAGCUCGGAGAUCUCGUUCACCAGCAAGGCGAUCUCGCUCUCGAUCAAGAUCACCUGCAAGAAGCGGUGGACGUCGUCGAACAAGGAAAUCUACAUCGGAAGAAAGUCUUGUACAGAAAGUCACACAACAAUCUGUGGCUGUAACACCGAGUCGGCGAUCACCGAGACGAGGCCGAACACCCGAAAGGAAAAUCGAACAGACUUCAGUUGUCACCUCAAGCUCUACAGUAACCUCUGGUAAUUCAGGCGUCACUACAGUUCGUGUCACUCGAUCUGUAACGAAAAAGCUCAUCACUGAAGAGAAAGAAGCGUUGCUCUUAGCAACAGAGAUGAAGCCUACGAAAAGCAAGCAUGGGUAUGAAUUCGGUGGCCCUGUUGGCGUUUUCUUCAUGAUGCUAGCAUUACCAGCAGUUGUAGUUUUGUCCUAUUUGUUCUGUAAUGGAAAGGGGUCUUGUACAGUUCGCCAGUGGCCGUCCUUGCCCCCGAUUGAGAAGUUUUUUGAUAUCGGUCACCUGAUUGUUGAUGGAUGGAUUGUACUGCAAGUUAUUAUUUACAUGCUGCCAAUUGGAAAGGUAAGACAUAGUCGUAUACCUGUACUUCUUGGUUAUAAAAAACUUAAGAAUGCUUAUGUAAUAAGGUUGCUCCCUUGCCAGUAAUGAAUUUUAUUUGAUGGAGAUGAAGUUUUGCAAUUACUGGAUUAUGCAUCAGUCAAUUCCACCUGAGCCCAGCCCCCUCCCGGGCAGUGCAAAAUUUGCAAAUGCCCCAACCCCAGGACUGACAAGAUGGGCAAAUGCCCCGCAGUAGCCUGGCGGGGGGAAGGGGGGGGGGGCUGGGUGCAGGUGGAAUUGACUGAUGCAUUAGACUGAGUAUAAUAUGGGGAAUUAUUAUUAUACAUUGUACUCACUGUAUCUUCUCACCGGCUAAGAGCCAACAAUAAUAUAUUAAUUUUGGAAAUUAGCUCAACCUAACUAACUAGUCUGGAGGUUGCAUGUGGAAUGCAUGAUUUCUAAGAGCCAUGUCUAUUCUUUUUGGAAAAUACUAAACUGUGUGCAGGCGACAGUGUUUUUGUUGUCAUUUUCGUCUAAAUAAUGUAUAAGAUCAGGCUUGACCUCCGACCUCAGCUGAUAAAACUUAUUUUUGGAUUUCACAAAAAACACGAAUGCAUUAACUGUUCAUGAUACAGUGUACAGUGGAACCUUGAUUUAUAUAACAAAAGUCCUCAAUAUAAUGAACAAAUUUCUUUACCCUAAUAAUAGUAAAAUAUAUGAAAAAGAACCUCAAUAUAACGAUACCUUGUUAUAGCUAAAAAAUUUUGUCAGUCCCUUGGGCCUUCAUUAAAUCGAGAUUCUCCUGUAGUUAGAUCCAAGGCAGUGUUAUAACAUCCCUCAAGAUGUGCAUAGCCGUUCAUGUCAUAUGGAAGUGGAAUCCAAUAAUUGUUUUACAUUUUUUCUUAUCAACAGUAAUUACGUGACUGACUGUAUGUCUUUUGAACUAUUAUAGGUGGCAUAUGGGAGAGCGUUAUCUGAUGGAACUCAACUUGACUACAGACUGAAUGGUGGGUCGAUGGAUAUUUUUGAACAGAAUUCACAUGCAUUUCAGGAAUAAUAAAUUGAUUGGUAUUUCUGUCUUUUUUUCUGACAUUUAGGAUUUCUUGCUUUAAUGCUAAGUGUGAUUGGAUUUGCUGCCUGUUUCUACUUCAAAGUCAAUGUUGCUUUGGUGUAUGACACAUUCCUUGGGAUCAUAACAGCAACCCUCAUAUGGUCUGUUCUGGUUUCUGUCACUGUUUAUGUUAUGGCCCGUGUGCAGAAGAAGGGACUCUCUCCAGGAGGAAACACAGGUUCUUGAACAUGAAACAUUUUUUGUAAUCAAGCUAUUAAAAUAACAGCUGAAUGUUGAAAGAACUUAGCAAUAUUAGUAAUCAUUAAAAGUUUGAGUCCCAUAUAUAUACUGAAUAGUUUCAGAGAAAUUUUCUUUUGACAGUCGAAAUUUUAUACACUGAGCAUGUGUAGCUCAACCAAAUUUUUGCCAACAAGCAAUUUUACAGUUUUAGAUGAGUGAUGUUUUCUGGGAUAUUUCUUGCAAAGAGCUUAACAUUGCUCAGGUUGUAACAAGCUCUUCACUUUUUGAACUUAACUUGUGUACUUGGUAAUGCUUUCUAUAAGUUAACUAGUAUGCUAAAAUAAUGAGUAAAAAUUUGAACAUCAUUCACCUUUACUGUUGGUUGCAUCAACAUUGUAGUCUACAUUGUAAGAGUGGACAUGUUGCAGUAAUGAUGACCUUUUUUGAUUUAACUUUCUCUCAACAGGAAAUGUUGUUUAUGACUUUUUCAUGGGUCAUCAGCUCAAUCCACGGUGGGGAAAGUUUGAUUUCAAAUUUUUCUUUGAAGUCAGGCCUGGACUUAUUGGCUGGGUAGGCAAGACUUAUUAUUUCACGUAUCAGUUUGUGAUCUGUAUGUACAACCUUUAUGUGAACAAGAGACUGUAUGCCAAAUGCGUGAUCUAUUUUAUUGGUACUCCAUGAUGUUGAGAGUAGAUCUCAGGGCCACCAAGAAACUACUGGCCCCAAUUGUUCAGAAGGUGGAUAUAGCUAUAAUGCAGUUGGUUUCCAUAAUACUCAGCUGCAGGUUAACUAGCGCUAUCCAGUAUUUGAACAACUGCGCCCCAUUAGUUUUCAAUUACAAGUCUGGUGCACAUUUCGUGUACAACUCAGCUUGGCUGCCUCCUUAAAUAGGAUUAAAAGUGAUGUGUAUAACAGUUCUGAAUGUAAGUUUUCAAGUACAUGAUUUGAAAUCCGGGUUAAUCUUUCUGUCCUCAGGUGAUGAUUAAUUUCUGUAUGGCUGCCAAGGAAUACCAGAAAUUUGGAGCAUUAUCUACUGCAAUGAUCCUUGUGUGCAUCUUUCAUUUCAUUUAUGUUGCUGACUGUUUGUUUUAUGAGGUUAGUAUUGAAAAAAUGGUUAAAUUCUAAAGUAACAUGGUGUUCACAGUACAUAUAAUUAUGAUGGAGCCACGUAGGAGCCUGUGCCUUUUUGAUAUUUUUAAUGGAGGAAAAAAAUUCCAGCUGCAUGAGCUUUUAUGUGGAAUGGAACAAUGGCAAAAAUAGGAAUGUUCAGUUACAUUGUUUGUAAAGUGAAUGUUGGGUCAUGAUCCAGAACAUCACAGGCCAAGAAGCCAAAGAAUUUAUUUCUCUUGAACUGGAAAGACUUAAGGUUCAGUCUGAGGGAAUGAGUUUUUAAGUUGACUAUUUACUUCUUACACUAAGUGUGCAAGGUUUUGAUACACUGUACCUACAUCUUACUGUAUGUUUGUUUUGAUAUUGAUGUUUUUAUGAUUGUCAUUUUUUUGUUUUAGUCCUCCAUCUUGAGCACAAUGGAUAUUAUCGAGGAAGGCUUUGGCUUCAUGUUGGCUUUUGGUGACAUAUCUUGGGUUCCUGUCCUUUAUUCCCUACAGGCACGCUAUCUCGUUGAUAAUACAAAUAAACUUCACUGGAUAACAACAGCUGCAAUCAUAGUUCUGUUUGGUAUGUCUGCCCUGUCUAUCUUGUAUACAUGUAUAUGAGCAGGGUUGUCACUAAGAUUUCAAGUUGCCUGAUAAAUACAACAAGUAGGUGGGGAUUCAAACAGCUAGGGCUUUCUUUUGAUUCUAUUUUUCUUCUAUUUUCCUUUGAAAGUAGCCGGGGCCCACAUUCAUAGUAGCCGAGGAAAAUCCCUGGCCCCCGCCUCUUAAUGACAGCCUUGCAUAUGAAACAAAAUGUUUUUCACUCAUGGUACUUUGAUAUGUUUUAGUAACAAUUCUGUACUUAUAAAGUGUGUCUCCCCAAAAAUGUCUUGAAUUUUGACCUUCCAAAACUUCAGUUUACAUCAGAUUCUCAUUCCCAAUUCUUUUGUCCAUACAUGUAGUUAUUGGAUAUGCCAUAUUCCGUGGCUCGAACUCUCAAAAGGACAGGUUCAGAACUGACCCUGACUCUGAGGAAUUUCAAGGUGAGCCAAAAACAUGCAAAUAUAAAUUCACUGUUGCAUUUAGGUGCAGACAUGGCGGUAUAAGAUACAAGCGUUGUUGUAAACAUUAUUUACAGCAGAUAAUUUGCAAGAGUUGUGCUACUAGUCAACAACAACCUUUAUUAUUACAUCCAAAUAAAAUUUUUUUAAUUUUUGUUUGCUAAUAGAAAUAAAAGAAGGAAUUGUAACAUAAUGAAAAUUAUGCACUAUGAUAACAAGGAUGUCUAGGAGCUCAAUUAACAAACGUUUUUAUGCUAGUGCCUAGCUAUAAAAUGAUAAUUUUAAAACAUCAGUGACAUAGCAAAGAAAGAAAAAAACAAAACAAAAUAAGUAAAUAAAUAACACACACAUUGUACAUAGAGAAAAGAACGAAUAUAGUCAACUUUCAAAUUGUAUAAUCAGUAGAUGCUGUUUUAGUAAGCGUUGGAAGGAGAAAUCUGGGAGGUCUUUCAAAUGAUGGCAGAGAUCUUAGGAAAGGUCAACAGCUAUAGAUUGGGUUCACUGUUUUCCUAUAUUCGUUCUUGUGCAUCAUUUAUACUUUUUGUACUUCAAAGGCAUAAUGAGGCCACAACUCCCUGAGAGCACUAUUGAAAAUCAUCCCCCCCCCCUCCCUCCCUUCUCGAAUAGUCACCCCCUUUUUCUUUUGUUUUGUAAAAAAACGUACAUAUAUGGUUCUCAAUGACUUGAUAACUUUGAUAUUUUCCUACAGAUGCAGAAACCAUUUUAACUUCAUCUGGUCGACGACUUCUGGCCUCAGGUUGGUGGGGCGUGGUGCGGCACCCCAACUAUCUAGGUGACAUCAUCAUGGCAUUUGCCUGGACUUUACCCUGUGGUACGUCUUAGUCGAUCUUUUAAAAUAGUAUAUGUUACAUGUACGCCCUUUCGAAUAGCAAGUACCUGUUGAACUACCAAAACGAAAACAAUGAUCGGGAAAUAAAUAAACAGAUAUACUGCUAGUUAAGUGUCAAAAAAAAACGGGCGCGCGAGAAGGAGACGUGAGAGGAGCGUGUCUCUCAUAUGGUUCCUUCUUUACUCAGGUUCUUCUAGUCUGAUUCCAUUCUUCUACCCGGUUUACUUGACAAUUUUGCUGGUCCAUCGUGAAUUGAGGGAUGAAGCAAGUAACCGCCGCAAGUACGGAGCAAGCUGGGACGAAUACUGUCGACGCGUGCCCUACCGCAUUCUGCCCAAAGUAUUCUAG